AUCUAGGGUCUGAACUGUGCUUCCAAUAUCCAGGUUGCCGUAAAGAGUGUUUAAACAAAUAGAGUGGUGCCUCUGUAAAUGUGGGAGCAAGAAAUUAUUAGGAAACACUUGAAAAUAUUUCCCUUCUUUCUUGAUGUUGUUUCUGGUUCUAGGAAAAUCAGCUGGAGUGGAACUGAGUCCUCAGAAUGAGCCAAUAGAGAGGACUGAUGAAGACAACUUAACCUAUCAACAUAUUUUACCCGAAUCUUCGGAGCUUUCUGCCUGUCAUGCUUUGUCUGACGAUGACAUGUCUGAGAAGUCUUUCCUCUCACGAGACCAGAAGCAAGACGGUGAGACUGAGAAGAUGCCAGCAGUGGCGAGCUGUUUCCCUCAAGACUUACUAAUGGAACACAUACAGGAAAUUCGAACUUUGAGAAAACGUUUGGAAGAUUCUAUUAAAACAAAUGAGAAGCUACGAAAGCACCUGGAACAGCAGGGUUCUGAGUCUGAUCAAGGUUCCACAAACAUUUUUGCUUAUGGAUCAGAGCUGCACAGUUCUCUGACAUCAGAGAUCAAUUUCCUGAGGAAGCAGAACCAGGCUCUUAGUACCAUGCUCGCAAACGGGUCCAGAGAUAAACAGAAGGAGAAUGAAAAAUUACGAGAGUCCCUCUCUAAGAAGGCUGCUAGUCUUCAGUAUCUCCAGCAAGAGUAUGCUGGUGUGAAGGAAGAAAAUGAGAGGCUACAGAAGGACAUCAGUGAGAAAGAAAGACACAACCAGCAGCUGGAUUGGGAGCUGGGCAGGGCACAGGAGGAGGUGACAUUGAGGCAACAGAUGCUCUCACAGAAUGAAAAGCUACUGCAGUCCCUCCGAGUGGAGCUGAAGGUGUAUGAGAAGCUGGAUGAGGAGCACAGGAAGCAUCAUCUAGCGGCCCGAGCUGAGGUGUCUGGAGAAGUCUGGAAGGGGCAGGAUCCUUUCAGUGACCUGCAGGGCCUCUUGACUGAGAUGCAGGCUCUACGGGUGCAGCUGGAGAAGAGCAUCGAAACCAACAACACCUUGCGGAGCAAGCUGGAGGAGCAGCUGAUGCAGGGGGCGAAGCAGACCCAGGAAGGAGCCCUCUCUCCAGCUGUCCAGACCCUGUCUGCCCCUAAGUGGUCUCUUCAGCUGGACAAACAUGAUGGUGACAAAUGUCCCAUAGCAAGUGAUAAUUCGUUUGAUCCAUUUGAUUCCACCCAGGCAGUGUCACCAAAAUCAGCAUCAGACACUCCUCUGUUCUCCAGAAAUGAUGUGGACUCCCUCUCCUGCGAGAGUAGCAGCUCAUCUGCCCACACACCAUGCAUGCCUGGCCUGGUCACUGGCCACCGUUUGUGGGCCAGCAAGAAUGGCUGCCAUGUCCUGGGCCUGAUUGAGGACUAUGAUGCCCUCUGCAAGCAGAUUGGCCAGGGCCAGAGGCUCCUUGUUGAGAUGGACAUUCAAACCCAGAAGGCUCUGUACCCCACAAGUCCAGAGCCAGGGACAAAGGGUUCACACCCAGCACCUCUGAGCAAGCUUGUCUCCAGUGUGACUGCAGCCAAGGUGGUCCUGGAAGAGGCCUCAAGGCUGUUGCAGCAUCUCUGGAGAGUCUCACUCCCUAACAAUGGCCAGUGUACCCUUCACUGUGAGCAGAGUGAAGAAAUGAAGGCAGAGAUCAACAAACUUCACAAAAAAUUGUUUGAACAAGAAAAGAAGCUGCAGAACACUGCAAAGCUUUUACAACAGAGCAAGCACCAGGAAAAAGUCAUCUUUGAUCAGUUGGUUGUCACCCACAAAGUCCUUCGGAAGGCCAGAGGAAACCUGGAGCUCAGGCCUGGUGGUGCCCACCCAGGAGCGUCCAGUCCCAGCAGACCAGGCUCCUGAGGAGAACUUCAGUCAAUAAAGUUGUGCCCUGAGCUCAUACUGUCUCUGUUCUAACUGUGCCUCCUGGUGUGCAAGAAGAGAGGUCUGCUGCCUAAAGGAAAUUGUUGUUCCCUCAAUGUCUUCUGUCUGAAAAUUGGUGUAAGGGUUGCUGUCUCCAAGGUUCAGGCACUGUGUCACAAGGCACUGGGAAGGCCUU